AUGAGAACCUUUGGAUUCUGUGACAAUGUUGGUAAAAUUGGAGAUAUCGAAUUGAAGUGUCCCUUUGGUUCCGUAUUCUACGAAGGUUACUGCUAUUUGAAGGUGACUGUUCCAAUGACUUGGGAUGACGCAAUAGAAGCUUGCUUACGAUCUGGAAUGUACCUCAGUUGGAUAGAGGAUGAUAUCGAAAACGAGUUUGUAGCGACUCACUUGAUGUCCGAAGUUAAUCAGUAUUGGAUAGGUUUAUCAAACAUAACAUCAACAGCAAGUCAGGAUAAUAUUGUGUGGUCACAGUAUAGAAUGUCAAAAAACAAAGCCAUUCCUUUGAUUAAAGGGCUGUGGAAAAAUCUACAACCAACUGAGUUUAUGGGAGAUUUCAAAUGUGUUUCCACCCUGAAAGAUGAGGAUGAUAAUCACUGGACAGUAACAAAUUGUAGAAAGAAACUUCCAUUUGUUUGCAAGAUUAUGGGAGCACCCAAACAUGAUACAAUUUUUUGUGGAAAUGGAGGUUACAUAAACCAGAAGUGGCAAUGUGAUGGACAGAAUGACUGUGGAGAUAUGUCUGAUGAAGUUAAUUGCACAUCUAGGUGCUCUGAAAUACGGAUAUUGACUAAUGGUACUUCUGGUUCUAUAACUGCGGACAGUUUGCAGCAAACAACAUAUAAAAAUGAUGCUUUUUGUACCUGGACUAUAAAGGCUCCUAUUGGUGUCCGAGUAAAGGUCAUAUUGAGAUCUACAUUUGACCUGGAAGAAAAUGCCGAUGUUCUAAGUAUAUGGACUGGAGCUAUCUCACUGAAGGAGAGUAACUUCCUGGGCAGUGUAACAGGGAGACCAGGAAAGACCCAGGAAUUCUACUCACAGAAUAACUAUCUUAUCCUACAACUCAGCAUGGAUAGUUCAACUAUCAGAAAUGGAUUUAUUGCAGACUAUGAAACAGUUCCUGAAACUGAAAUUUGGAAUGGUCAGAAGAAGCUCAUGGCAAACAAAAGCUGGCAGACUCUAGAAUCACCAUUAUAUGGACAGGCUGUUCCCUUUGGAUUACAACUAGAGUGGCUAAUAAUAACAGAAUCACACAAAGUGGUAUCUCUUGAGUUUAGAGAUAUAGAUCUACCCUCAAGCAGUUCUUUGAAAGUUUAUGAUGGGAUGGAUCUUAUGGCUCCCCUUGUCUUUGCUUUUAAUAAAACUCCUAAUUAUCCUCUGUACAUUUCACAAAACAAUGCUGUAAGAAUUGAAUUAUCAUCAGACCACCAUGAGUAUGGAAAGUUUCGUGGAGUUCAGGUCAAAUACAAGCAAGGUUGUACAUUAGAGAUGAGGCAGCGGGGUAUGAUCUUUUCACCUGGUUACCAAGUUGGCACAUAUCCUUCCAAUGUCACCUGUUCAUGGCUUCUUGCGAGAAACAAUGGAGAAACCAGACCUAUUUCUCUACGCUUCAUAGAUUUUCAACUAAAGUUAAAUGAUUUUGUAGAGGUUUACAAUGACACAGCUGGAACUGCACUGCACACAAGAAAUGGAUUAACUGGUACCAGUACUGCUAGAGAAGUAUUUGGCUCUAAUGAUGGUCAUCUUAAUGUCACCUUUAAGUCCAAUAUAGUCCUGGUGGAUAAAGGAUUUGUUGCUGAAUUUUCUAUCGAUUGCCCAUUGUUAACCCUAUCUCAGUGGACAAUGAAUUCAGUAUCUGGAAAGUACACCGCUCUGGACACAGUGAUAACUCUGUCCUGUCAGACAGGCUACUCAUUUAAACAAGAGGAAUACAACAAGGAAAGCUCCGUGUCUAUGAAGUGUUUACCUGGAGGGAAGUGGAAUGUUUCCAGGAUACCUGACUGCCAAAUUACGUACUGUGGCACUCCACCACCAAUUCCAAAUGGAAUACUGAUGAUUGCAACUGGUGCAAGAUUUGGGGACCAUGCAACUUAUGAAUGCAAUGGGGGGUUCACAAUGAAUGUUUCUCCCACCAAAAAAUGCCAGGCAAAGAAUAUGGUAAACUCUCAACAAUGCUCACAAAUAAAUCUACCAAAUAAUGUAAAAGUAAAUGUGACUGCUGGGAGUGGUACAGAUUAUGCCUCUGUUCUGAUGUUCAGCUGUAAUCCUGGAUAUGACCUUUUAGGGUCUGUGUACAUCCACUGUAGGUCAAAUGGCACAUGGUCACAUCCUUCUCCAACUUGCCAAAAGAUAAAGUGCCCAAUACCACAGGUGAUGUAUGGUAAGGUUGAAGCAGCUGGUGACGUGGCAUUUGAAGGGACAGCCAAACUGAAGUGUGACACUGGAUUUAUUGUGAAUGGUACCAGCAGUGGUGAAAAAGAUGUUACAUGUGGGAGUGAUGGACAAUUUUCAAACUUAGAUCCAUGCAUCGAUGAAAAUGAAUGCUUUAGAGUUCGUCCUUGUCGGUCUUCCAGUAACACAGAGUGUGUGGAUACCAUUGGUUCUUAUGUUUGUAAAUGUAAAGAUGGAUUUGGGAGAAUAGGAGAAACCGGAAGUUGUUUUGAUAUAGAUGAGUGCAGUAAUGGAAAUGGAGGAUGCAGUCAGAAGUGUAAUAAUUAUGUUGGAUUUUUCAAUUGCUCUUGCAACACUGGCUAUCAGUUAUACACAGGACCAAAUUUCAACAAUAUCAGCUUGGCAGAUGGAGAAACGGGGACAAGAGCAGGAGAUAAAAUUAGAAUUAAUUACACCUGUGUUCGAGUCCAGUGUCCAACACUCAUGCCUCCUUUGAAUGGAAAGAUACUGAGCAACAAGAAGUUGUUCUAUUAUGAAGAUGGAAUAACUGUUCAGUGUGACCAUGGCUACUACCCAGAUCCUCAGAGGACAACGCUGAAAUGUGGGGCAGAGCAAGGCGUUGGGAAGUGGUCUACAGAAAUGACAAAUUGUACAAAGGGAACCUGUAUGAUCCCAGGUCUUACUUCUGAUCCUAAUUACAACAGAAUCUUUCCAAAUAUAAGGACAAGAGUGGACUUUGGAUCUUUAAUUAUUAUUGAAUGCAGAUAUGGAACAAAGUUCAGGAAUCUCUCCUUGUAUUGUGGAGAAAAUGGGCUAUCAACAUACAGACUUUUGGGAGAUACUUUGACAUGUCCAGUUCUUGAAUGCGGGAUACCAGAGCAAGUUCCAGGUUCUAUUCAAUACAGCUAUCCUGAUACACUUUUUGGCAGUUCAUUUAACUUUAGCUGUCAAAAUGGUUCAACCCUCGGUGGGAAAUCAGUAGAUGGAGACUUCAUUGUCAGAUGUCAGGAAAACAGACAGUGGGGCUUUGGAAAUCUCACAUGUACAGUUGGACGAUGCACAGACCCUGGUACACCAGGGGGUGCUGUACAGGUAGUGAGGAGUUAUGAGGCAGGGGAGCUCCUCAGGUUUAGAUGUACACGUCAGGGAUAUGAACCAAUUCCUUCUACUCCUCUUCUCUGUGUAGAGCAGGGGAGCAAAAAUGCCACUUGGAAUUCCACUGACUUACCUCUUUGCACAGAUGUUACACCACCAGAGUUUAAUAACUGUCCCAAGACAUAUUACAUUGACAGUAUGGACGCAGUAAGUUUUGUUACCCCCACUGCCACUGAUAACUCUGGUCUGGUGAAGAAUGUGACUGUAGAUCCUCCCAAUUUCAAAAGUGGUACAGUGGUGUCCAGUGAUUUAAAUGUCACCUACACAGCUGUAGAUAAUGGAGGGAAUACUGCAAGAUGUACGAUCUCAUUCAUCAUUAAAGGUUUCUUUGAAACUGCCUUUGAUGUUUGCCAAUUCAAUACGUCCUGUUCUAAUGGAGGUAUCUGUGGUCAAUCUGUGACAAAUUGCACUUUGCAAGCAAAAUCUGGCAGUUUUCUUGUUGCUGAUGACAAAUCAGAGCUUACAGGAAAGAAACCUCUGGAUUUAUGUAAAGAAGAAUGUCUUCAAGAUGUCCAAUGCAAAGCUUUAUUUCAUGUCAAUGGCUUCUGCUAUAUCAUUAGACAAGAUGCUACUCCAGAGUACUACACAUUAGAUAUCUCUUUGUACUUCUAUAAAAGCUGUAUGUCCAAAUAUCCUUGUCCAGCUGGGAGAUACUCUUUAACAGGAUACGAGCCUUAGGACUGUCCCCUUUAUUACUAUCAAACAACUGAAGGACCAACCUAUUGUACCGAAUGUCCACAGGACAAGAUGACUCUGAAAACUGGCAGUAACAGGGCAACUGACUGCAUCAGUGUAGAUUCUGCAGCUUGUAACACAACACUGAAAAAUUGUAGCAAUCAGGGUCAGUGUGUUUUCCAGAACCAUGAAGCAGUAUGUGUUUGUGAUGAAGGAUUUAACGGUACUUCGUGUGAGACUACUCUUGAUGUUUGUCAAUCAAAUCCCUGUUUUAAUGGAGGAACCUGUGUUUCAAAUGGCAAUGGCUUCAACUGUAUUUGUCCCUCAUUGGCAAAUUGCACAAUGCAAGCAAAACCUGGCAGUUAUGUUGUUGCUGAUGACAAAUCAGAAAAUCCAACAAAAAAGUCUCUGGAUUUUUGUAAAGAAGAAUGUCUUCAAGAUGUCCAAUGCAAAGCUUUAUUUCAUGUCAAUGGCUUCUGUUAUAUCAUUAGACAAGAUGCUACUCCAGAGCCCUACACAAUUGAUCCUGCUAUCUACUUCUACAAAACCUGCUUAUACAAAUAUUUAUAUAGUGGUAACCAGUGUGAGACAGAAUUAGAAGAUCAGUGUACACCAGACACUUGUAGUUCACAUGGGAUGUGUCAGGACAGAGCGGGAGAGGACCCUGUCUGUCUAUGCCCUAUUGUCGGGGAGUACUCCCAACCAAAAUGUGACUUGGUACAAAAUCUGUGUGAUCCUAACCCUUGUCUUCAUGGGGCUGAAUGUCGAUCAUGGGGUGCUGUCAGGAGACAAUGUAUCUGUAAACCAGGCUACUCAGGAGUGAAUUGUUCUGUUGAUAUAGAUGAUUGUGGUUCCAACACAGAUGGAUGCUUAUAUAACAGUACAUGUAAGGAUGGAGUUGAUAGCUACACAUGUGAUUGUACAUCAGGAUUCAGUGGCAGACAUUGCCAGGUCACCAAAGAUUUCUGUAGUGGAUCACCUUGUCCUAAUGGUGGCUGUGUGAAUGACUACACAAAACUAUCACACAAAUGUUUCUGUGAUUACCCAUACCAGUUAGGAAAUAAUGGUCAAUGUGAAAAGGUGGAUCUAUGUAACAACACUGACUGUAAUAAUGGAACCUGUAAUUCACUGACUGGGAAGUGUACCUGUGAUACAGGCUUUGAGGGUUCUAAUUGUCAGCACAGUGUGGAUGACUGUAAGGACAUGCCUUGUAAGAAUGGAUCAACGUGUAUAGAUGGACACCAAGACUACAGUUGUGUGUGUGUGUCAGGAUUUACUGGAAAAAACUGUGACAUGGACCAAGCGGACUGUCCAGGUUCCUGUAACAUGACAGCUACACGGGUCACUAUAGAUAAAUUCAAUGAAUGUGAAUGUCUGUGUAAGCCAGGAUAUACAGGCCAAAACUGUACAGAAGAGGUGGAUGAAUGUGGCAGUUUUCCUUGUGAACAUGGAGCCACCUGUACUGAUAUGCUCAAUGACUAUCAUUGUAACUGUACUGAGGGCUGGGAAGGAAAGAACUGUGACCAACAGAUUAACUACUGCCAGACUACCUCUACAAAGUGUCAGAGCGGUGAUUGUUAUAACUUAAUAGAUGACAGAUACUGCCGAUGUAAUGCUGGUACGAGAGGUGAGGCAUGUGAAGAUAUUCCAGAUGUGUGUAAUGUUAUUUCCCCGUGUACAUCAAUGGGCAUUUGUCAAAAUGCAAAUGGAACAGCAAUAUGUUCCUGUCAAAAUAACUAUUCUGGAGAAUCCUGUGAGUUGUUAAAAGACUUUUGUACAGGAACAACAAAUUGUUUGUAUGAGGGCAUGCCUAAUACAGGAGGAACAUGUAAAAAUCUGCCAGCUGGAGGCUUUAACUGUGCUUGUCAAACGGGCUACUCUGGAGGGACUUGUCAAACUAAGGUUACCCGCUGUUCCACCUUGAAUUGUGGAUCUGAAGCAAUGUGCAAUGAGGAGAUUGGUUGUUACUGUCCAGAGGGAAAAAUUCUCACAGAGAAUAAAGUUUGUAAAACUCCAUCAAAUGAUUUUGAUAUGCUGUUUGAUAAUCUGAUUGGAGUUGAGGGGGCCUCUACCACAGCUGUCCUGUCCAGUGACCUUGAACCUGAAUCCAGUUUGUCCUUCAUGUUAUGGGUCAGGUUUCACAAAGAUCAAAAAGAGUCUGCUGAUGCUGUUUUGUUUAAGUUGGGUGACAUCAUACAAGUGAAGAACAACACAAUUAUCUUUACAAAUGCAACAAACUUCCAUACUGUAAAAACAGUUGCCUUUGGACAUCCAAUCAGGUUGGAUGAUGGUGCUUGGCAUUUUAUUGUGGUGUCUUGGAAGCAGAAUGGUGAAACCCUGGUCCAUGUUGACAAUAUACUAAUUUAUAAAGACAACUCUGUAUCAGGGUCACUUCCCAAUAUGUUAAAUGUUGAAGUUGGGAGGAAAUUUGGAGGAAGACUAUCACAAGUAAAGAUCUGGUCCAAUAGUCUAAAUAGAAGUGAUAUGUUCCAACUUUUUAACAAUAAGGAUUUCCAGCCUGCAGGAUCCACUGUAGUUCAUGGAUGGUACAACUAUAAAAUGAGCAAAGGAGUUUUGAAGAAGAUUCCUUCACGAAUUAAAGAUGGUCAAGUUUGUGAUGUUCCUGCUUGUUCAAAUUCUGAUAAAAUAAAACCUAACAUAAAGAGCUGUGCUGCUGACGUUUCUGAGUACUCCAGUAGCGGAAUCUUUUAUUAUCAACUUCCAUCUUUUAUUUCCAUGUUUGAUGAUUUCAAUGAAAGUUUGUCUUUGUCCUCAUAUACAAAAGACAACCUUUACACUUGGGGUGAUUACAACUUAUUCUUUAUGGCAUCUGAUGAAAAUGGAAAUACAGCCAUGUGCCAUAGCAAGCUGUAUGUGAAAUAUAAUCCUGACUGCCCUUCACCAAGAACAUAUUCACCUACAUCAAUUAAAUAUUGCUCUUCAAGUAAAGACAUAUGUAAAUUUGAAUGUCCUGGUAAUCAACAACAAUCUCCACCGGCUCCAAGAUACAAGAUGUGCUCUGAGCUUGGUGUAUAUAAUCCACUCAACCCAAGGCAGAAGUUUUUAGUGCCAUCUUGUGCAAAUGCCAGCAAGGUAUAUGUUAAGGUGGAAGUCUCCUUGAGAUAUUUGUUUGUGGUUACCUGUAGCCCAGUUUUUGUUACAUCAAUGAGAAGUUCCAUACUGACUACUUUUAAAAAUGUUGUAUUUAAUAACUGGAAUGGUGUGUGCACAACAUCUGACUGCAGCAAUAUGAAAAUCUUAUGUACCUGUGUUCCUGAGAGCAAACAGAUGAUAGGCACUUUACAAAUAAAUAAUUUAAGACACACAAUCACGAAGAAGGAAAAUGGAUCUGAUACAUUCACACCAAAAGAGGUCUUUAUGUAUUUAAUUGCUGAAGAAACGGUAUUUCAAGCCGAACACAUUGGUGGAGCGAUAAUGCUGAAUGAGCAUUUGGUUAUUAAAGAUAUUUUAUGGUGUCCAGAAGAUUACAUGGUUAUUGGUAAUAAUUGUGUUGAGUGCAGUAUAGGAACCUUUUUCAACAGCACAAGCCAUAUUUGUGAGUACUGUCCUAUUGGAACUUAUGGAGAUCAGUAUGGAUUGAAAGCAUGUAAACCCUGUGUAAUUGGAAAAACUACACUAGGACUUGGUAAUACUGAUAGUACUGAUUGUGUUGAUGACUGCCCAGUUGGACAGUUCUGGAAUGUUACAAAAUGCGCCUACUGCAAAAAACAAUUUUAUCAAGAUAUGACUGGGCAAGAUUACUGUUUCAUCUGUCCACUGGACAGAACAACAGGUGGAGUAGGAUCCAACAGCUCCUUACAGUGUAAUGAAACAAGGGAGGCGUCUACUUUUCCCUCUACUACAAUUGGAGAAGUAACCACCAAUGCUGAUGAAAUACUAGAUAACUCCACAGGAAAGAAAAACACAGAUGACAGUGACUUCAAUCCUUUUAUAGUUAUUCUUACAAUCAGUGGCCUUAUCAUUGUCAUAUUGCUCACUGUGAUUGGAAUUCUUCUGAGGAGAAGAUUUCAAAAGACUGCUUUAAAGAAUUCAAACUACACCAAUCAGACCUUGGAAGUUCAGGAACCUGAUAAACAUUCAUAUUCUCAGCUGAAUGUGUUAAAUGAAAAUUUUGAGUAUGAUGAAAAUGGAGGUUAUUGGGAGCUGGAUUCUAUACACCAAGUAGAUACUGUAUCUGCACAUGUAGAAGGAACAAGAACUGACUAUGAAAAUGACACAGAGAGGCAACUUUCAGAUGAGCCACAUGUUUACACAGACGUACAUGUGGAAUAAGAAAUGCUCAUGAAUACAGUAUCAGAGAAUGGAAUGGUUGUAUGAUACAUCAACAUAUUACUCGUGGUUUAAAUUUUAUAUGACACGAAUUAUUAUUAAAUAUUACAUAAUUUUUUCUGCAUUAAAACAAUACAAAUAGAUUUUGUAUAACCAUUUCCGUAUUUAGAAGUUUAUGGGCAAAAAAUAACAAUACAAUUAGAUUUUGUAUAACCAUUUCCGUAUUUAGAAGUUAAUGUGCAAAAAAUCAAAUUAAUUAUAAUGUAUAUUUAUUUUUCCCCACCAUAGACAAAAUUUGGAGAAGUUAUUUGUCAGAUUAAUCAACUAGGAGUCAUUUUAUUAAUAGAUUUUUUAUUUCAGAAACAAACUCUCUCUCCUCUCUCUCUCUCUCUCUCUCUCUCUCUCUCUCUCUCUCUCUCCAUAAACAAAACUAAAAAAAAUCAAUUGUGAAAUAUACAUUUACAGUCAAACUCUAUAUUGACAUUUGUAUUGAAAUCACCCUGGUUGAGGCUUUUGAGAAUUUUUACAUAAUUUUUAAUGCUAACAGACAAAUAAAAGAAUUGCUUUUCAUGUGUUCAAAUCUACCUUGCAUUAUAGUAUAAGUAGUUAAGAGGUUUAUAUAUUCAUAAACAUCUAUUUAAGAUACAGAUGAAAAGUAAAUGAGCAAAAUUAAUAUUUUUAAAAACUUAAUACAAAGCUUGCGAAUGUUUACUUAUCGUCACUAAAAAAAUCCGAAUUGAAUUUACCCAAUUAGAGCUUGUCUAUGCAAAUUGUGUUAAAUUAUGGCUAGAGGCAGGAAUAUAGAUUUGUUUGUAACAAUCACAUUAAUCAGGUCAGAUCUGCAUUUUUUGUCAAUUCUAGACUUUGAUUGCUGAGUAUUUGGUAUUGGUACGGUGAUCUUACUUGUAUUGAUGAUAGAUGUACUCUACGAGACAUGCAUUCAAUGCUGGGUAGGACGUUGAUCUAUUUGAUGAGUGACCUGGUUCAAGUAUUUGGAACAAGUUCAUUUUCAAAAUAAUUAAAAGCCCUAUAAUUCUAAAAUUGCUCUGAUGAUGCAUCUCAGGCAGUACCAUAUCAGGAUUGCUUUGGAAGAUGGAUCUGAUCUUCAUUUUCUGGAUGAGGUACCAGUUAAAUGUAUUUGAAGUAUUUUCAUUACCAAGCAACUACGGACAAAAUAUAUUUGUAGUGAAGAUCUUCUUAAUCUAAGAUUCCUAUGUUUAUACUUGUUCUGAGCCCCAUGGGUCCCCGACUAAAAUCUGAAAAACAUUUUCUUUUUGCGGCUAUUGAUUUUAACCUUUUUUUAAAUAUGAACAUGUCAAGGAUGAUGUAAAAAUUGUGCAUUCCUUCCUUUUAAGAAUCAAGUUUUGAAAAGAUGGCAUGUUAUGAAUUAUUUCAGAAGAUGAAUCCAUCUUUGCCCACAACCAGCUGUAAACAUGUAUGUCCUUUAGAUUAGAACAAAAAAAACUAUUUUUUUUAAUAAAUGCUCCUACCAUUUUUUUUUUACAAUUCUUAAUUCAAAAUAAAUUUUACCGACUCGACUCUUAAUUGAAAUCUGCUUCGGAUCUGCUUCGGACAUGUACAAUUUUAAUAUUGCAUAUAAUUUUGAGCAAAAGUUUAAACGUACAUAUAAGCAAAAGCUAAGAUUUGAGUUGCAAUUUUAUUUUUAUUCUAUGUACGAAAGUAAUAAAUAUAAUAGUUAACGGUUUACUGCACCUCAUUUAAAUCUAAUAUAAGUCAUGAAAUGUGGAAAUAACCAGCUGUAUUUCAGCUUAAAGUCCAUGACCCCCAAAGAGCCGCAAUGGAAGGUCAAAGUUUAACAUAGGAAUGCAUGGGGAAAAUCUUUAAAAAGCUUAUCUAGAACCACCCAGUCAUGAUUGGUAAUAUUAAUUUGGAAGCAUCCUUAAAUAAUGUAAAUUGAAGUGUGUUUAAAUCAUGAUCUCAAGGGUAGGACGAGUCCGCAAUGGACAAUUAAAUAUUUGACUUUGUCCAAAUCAUGACCCCCAAAGGGCUGCAAUGGACGAUCAAAGUUUAACAUAGGAAUGCAUGGGGAAAAUCUUUAAAAGGCUUCUCUAGAACCACCCAGUCAUGAUUGGUAAUAUUAAUUUGGAAGCAUCCUUAAAUAAUGUAAAUUGAAGUGUGUUUAAAUCAUGAUCCCAAGGGUAGGACGAGGCCGCAAUGGACAAUUAAAUAUUUACAUAGGAAAGCAUCAGGGGAUUUUUUUUGGAAAUUUCUUCUCAAGAACAGCAAAGCCAUGAUUAGUCAUUUCUAUGUA